UAGUAGUGACAGUGAAUACCUAUGUAUAGUGAAUAAUGCACGUAUAUACUCAGAAAUCUCAGAAUGACGUAUGGAUUUUACCGAUUCUUUGAGCCAUAUUUGUAUCAAACUAAUCAAACUAGUGAACAGUUUUAACAGUGCAAUUAAUAGAAUAUACUAAUCCUUAUAUUUGAUAAUAAAUAACCUCGUAAAAUGGCAACGACGGAAAAUGUUAAAUACGUUUAUCAGUUGCCAUUUUCUGAGCGGUCGGAGUUUUGUAAAAUUAUGAACCAAAAUGACAAGUGGGAAGAAUUAGCUGGUAUCUGGAUGAAGUACGAUGUUUUAACAAUACAAAGUCUACGAAAAGAAAAAAAUCCCACAGAUGAACUUUUAACUCUGUGGGGUCAUCACAAUCAUACAAUAACAGAAUUGUUUGUCUUACUGUCCAGAAUGCAACAUUAUCAAUCAAUGGUGCCUUUGUUAGGUUUUGUUGAUCAGAAGUUUCAUCCACUUUUAUAUAAUGGAGAAGGCAAUUUACAGAACAUACCACGCAACCAGCUAGUCAACAGGAAUAUUAAAGAUUUAAAAAUUGGCAUACAAAAUUUUAAUCAACGUGUAUCUCCACAACAAAGCAUCAAUAAAAUUUUAAAUCAACCAAUGGCACAACUAGCUAUUAGUCCAAGCAACUCUAACAAUUUGUUAGCAACUUUACCAGUAGGACCUCCUGCUUUAUCACCUUCUCAGAAUAUCAUCAGUGGUAAAAAGAUCAAUAAGUCAUCAUUACCAAGAACAGAAACUAGUUUGCCACAUGCAAGUUAUAAUGAACUAGCUAUUGCUACAAAUGAAUGGAAUCAGCACAAUAUAUUAGGAAGGGGUGGUUUUGGGACAGUAUACAGAGGCGUUUGGAAGAAUACUGACGUUGCAAUAAAAAGACUUCGACAAAAGGGAUCUAAUUCCGAUGAAGCUUACAUGCUGCAAUUGCAACAAUCGUUACAAGAAAUAAAGAUUUUGAAUUCUCGCGCUCAUGAAAACAUCUUACCUUUAUAUGCAUAUAGCUUCGGUGGCGAAGCACCGUGUUUAGUUUAUCAACUGAUGAAGAAUGGAUCUUUAGAAGCCAAGUUGCUAUUGAAAGAUAAGACUAGACCAUUAACGUGGAUACAAAGACACGAAAUUGCAAAAGGUAUAGCACGUGGAUUGCAAUACUUGCAUACAAUUGGAGAAAAACCAUUGAUACACGGAGACAUUAAAAGUGCCAAUAUUUUACUGGACACAAAUUUUGAACCUAAAAUUGGCGACUUCGGUUUGGCGCGAGAAGGCCCCGAAAGAGAUAGUAUGACAGUUAGCAAGAUUUAUGGAACUAGGCCAUAUUUGCCUGAGGAGUUUUUACUCAACAAAAAGUUAUCCACAAAAAUAGAUACAUAUAGUUACGGCAUAGUUUUAUUCGAAAUGGCAACAGGUCUUCCUGCUUAUGACAAUUCACGACCCGAAAAAAAAUAUUUACUAGAAGUAAUUGAUGCUUGGGAAGAAAAAGAUCUUCCUCUUUUGAUGGAUAAAAAAGCUGGUGACAAGGACAAGCUUGUCUACGGAAAUUUAAUAACUCUGGGAAAAUUGUGUACUCAUCGAUUGGCGCAAAAUCGGCCAGAAAUGGAAUUUAUAUUUCGAAAAUUGAACGAUUUAUAAAUUU